CAGGAAUACACAUUGAGCUUCUAGAGUUGUUUCAACAGUUUUUGAAUGUUUUCUGAAUAAGUGGAAUCGACAAAAGCAGCAUGGGACCGAAAUAUGCAAAACCCUAAGCUGUGUAAGAGAAGUCCAGAGUGUCAAGAAAGAUGGAGUUCGAUGAUGAAGCUGAGCACAGAAGACUUUUCAGAGUAGAGACAAAUUCCCCACAAAUGAAGGCAGUUUUCUCGUUGGAGCAAGGAGGAUCUCUUUCAGCCAAAACACCAAAGAACACCGUGAUCCAGAGCUUCAAGAUCGUGAUUUUGUCCAAUAAACUCAAUCUUUUGUUGCCGUUCGGUCCAAUAGCGAUACUAGUCCACUAUUUGACAGAUAACAAGGGAUGGUUUUUCUUACUGAGCUUAUUAGGAAUUACACCAUUGGCAGAACGGCUCGGGUACGCUACAGAGCAAUUGGCUUGUUACACAGGUCCAACUGUUGGAGGCCUCCUAAACGCUACAUUUGGAAACGUGACAGAGCUGAUUAUAUCCAUUAUUGCUCUUAAAAAUGGAAUGAUACGCGUUGUACAACUGACGCUGCUCGGCUCCAUUCUGUCCAACAUGUUGCUUGUACUUGGCUGCUCCUUUUUCUGUGGCGGCUUUGUAUUCUCUCGGAAACAGCAAGUGUUUGACAAAGGGAAUGCGGUUUUGAAUUCAGGAAUGCUUUUGAUUGCAGUGAUGAGUCUACUCUUCCCUACACUUCUUUAUUACACGCAUAGUGAGGUUCGUGCUGGUUCAUCAGAGCUGGCUCUUUCGAGAUCAACCAGUUGCAUAAUGCUCGUUGCCUAUGCUGCUUAUCUCUUUUUCCAGUUGAAAAGCCAGCCAAGUUUUCUUACUGAGUCGCCGGAGACGAGCUCGUUCUGGUGAGAAGAGGUCGUCUCGGACUUUUAGAGGUGGCGUUUUCCGGUGGUCGUCGGAGACGAGCUCGCUCAGGUGGAGAGGUAGCUGUCUCUGACUUCUGGUGGUCUAUGAUCUUUUCAGUCUGUCUUUUCUGUGGCUCUGACAUCUCCUUUUUAUAGUGAAAGUACUGUUUUGUCUGCUUGUGGAAUCACCCAUUUGUUAAUGGGCCGAGCCUAAUUUUGGGUCUAGCAUGGUAAUGGGCUUUGUGCUAGAUCCAUAUCCAACAAUUGUCCCCCCCUCAGUUCGCCAGGUGUCGAGCUCUGGUGAAUUUAAAUAUUUCUGAGAUAAAAUCAGGUUGGUUUAUUAAAAAAAAAAUGUGAUAGGGACAUGUGGCUUUUUUCUUAUGUUGGGGAUAAGGGGUUUUUAGGUUUGGUCUCAUUUUCUCCAACAAGAGGUUGUCUUUUUCUCUCUCUCUCUUCUCUCGUUUUAAUUUCUUUCUUUUAUUGUGUGUGUGUUUUUUUUUUUUUUUUAUUAUUAUUAUAAAAGGAUAAGAU